AUGUUGAGCCAGCUGAGCUGGGAUGCUAUAUCAUUAUCCCCGGGCGGAAUCGCCUGGGGUGUGCUUGGGUUACUCUCCGCGGUGACCCUCGUCUACACCCUCUACAACCGCUACCUCCACCCACUCCACCACCUCCCGGGCCCCCUGCUCGCCUCGCUCACCCCCUGGGUCCAGCUCUAUCACGGCCUCCGCGGCGACCGCCACCUCUGGCUGCACGCGCUCCACGCCCAGUACGGCAGCCACGUGCGGGUGGCGCCCAAUUUCGUGUCCGUCAACACCGCACAAGGGCUGCACGACAUCUACGGCCACGGGAAGCGUCUCAAGAAGGCCGACUUCUACAAUGCGUUCCCGGCCAUCAAGGGCGUCUACAACACACACAACGUCAUCGAUAAGACGGCGCACGGCCGCAAGCGCCGCGUCCUGAGCCAGGCGUUUGCCGACCAUGCGUUGAAGAGUAUGGAGGAUGUUAUGCUCUUGCAUGUGCGGCAGCUUUGUAGUGGGUUGAUGGGGAGACAGCAACAGCAGCAGUAUCCACCGGGAGGUGGAGGUGAGGAGAAACAGGGGCAGGCAGUGGUGCAGGAUCUGGGCCGGUGGUUUAGUUAUCUCACGUAUGAUGUGAUGGGGGAGUUGUGUUUUGGGAAGAGCUUUGAUAUGUUGAUUGAGAGUAGUCGGCGGAGGUUGGUCGAGUUGGUGGAUCGCGCGGCGAAUCGGCAUUAUGUUUGUGGUCUGUGGAUGCCGCUUGAUCGAUGGCACCUGGACCAGAUCUUCAUCCAUCGGUUGACCAACGACCGCUGGAACUUCAUCAUGAACUCCCGGGUCGAGGCCACGAAGCGCGCCCAGGAACGCACCCAGGCGGGCCACGACGCCAAACGCGAUUUCUUCUACUACCUGCUGAACGCCCGGGACCCGGAGUCCGGACAGGGGCUGACCACCCCGGAGCUCUGGGGCGAGGCCAACGUCCUGAUGAUCGCGGGCAGCGACACGACGUCGACCACCCUCUCGGCCACGGUGUUCUACCUGGUGCGCAACCCGCUUGCGAUGGAGCGGCUGAAGAACGAGGUCCGCGGGGCGUUUACUUGUGUCGAGGACAUUGUCUCGGGCAGCCAACUCAACGAGCUGGUGUACUUGAAGGCUUGUCUGGACGAGGCACUGCGGCUGGCUCCCGCCGUGCCCGGGGCGCCUCCCCGCGAGGUGAUGGAGGGCGGCGCCAUGGUGGACGGGGUGUUCCUGCCUGAGGGGACGGAUUGCGGGACGCCGACCUUCUCCAUCCACCGCCAGGCUGCGUACUACCGGCAACCGGGUGCGUACCUGCCGGAGCGCUGGAUCGAAGGCGCGACGUGUAAGACGGAGUUCGAGUCCUGGGAGACCAGUAAGGAGGAUGUCGAGGUCGCGCGACGUGCGUUCUGCCCGUUCAGCAUCGGUCCGCGCGGCUGCAUCGGCAAGAGCAUGGCGUUCAUGGAGAUGCGACUGACGAUUGCACGGUUGAUCUUCCUCUUUGAUCUGGCGUUGGCCGACCACCGCGGGGAGGACGCCGAGGGCCACUUGGCGCUGGUGGAUCACUUCACCAGUUCCAAAGAAGGGCCCAAUGUGACUGUACGAGUGCGUACGUAG